GCUAACCGAACUUUUUAGGAAGCCCACGCCCAGCAACGGUGGAGAAGAAACUAAAAAACGACGAAUAAAGAAGAAGUAGUAGAAGAAGAAGAAGAAGAAGAAUGAUUGAGUACGAGGUAAAAUGGCACCAACUGUAAAUAUCUCCAAUUCCAAGUCCUCAUUCUUAUCCUCUUCUCCGGCUACCGUACAAACUACUCGUACACCAACUGUCGUGAUGAAAUUCUUCUUCGAGUUCGUUGCGUGCUGGGGGCUUCCCAUAACCGACCGCUCGUCGGUUCCAGCGGCUCCGGCGUCACGCGCCGACGACGCAGCGAAGCCGCUCGUCGUGUCGUCGUCGUCGUUGAGGAAGCGCCAUAGAAGGAAACGCGGGAGGCUCGGCCACUCGGGCUCGGCGUCUGUGGCUGCUGCGGCUGUCGCGGUUGAGUGGAAGCCGUCGCUUGGUUCGAUCUGCGAGGACAAAGUGGUCGCCAUGAAGGGCAAGGAAGAUCGUACGGCCGGUGGAGCUGAGCGCAUCGUCAAGAGGAAGAGUGAAACCAAGAAUGCUCGUGUUCAUGUCCGUACCUUCAAUGAGGAUUACGGGCGGGUUUCGGUUCCGGCGGUAAUUCCGGCGUUCUCUCCGACGCCGUUUAUGUUUUGAUGGUACUGUCCAAAUUAAGUUUUUUUUUUUUGAAUAUAAAUAUUUCAUCCAUAGAAGUGAAAUAGAAUGAAUUGAAAUUUGGGUGUAUAAAAAUUAGUACAUAUGCUAGAUUUUUGUUUAGGGGGAUAUGUUAUAAAUUGCAAAGUUGUAAUCAAUUCCAUGGUGUAGCCCUAUCGUGCAUUUGUAAUAUAAUAGCUACAAAGUUUGCCCUGUUCUUUUA